AUGGGUGAAAUAGUUGCCAUUCCCACACAGGCCAAGGCCGCUGUCUAUGAUAACCCAGGAACCGUUUCAACGAAAGUCGUGACGGUUGAUGUGCCUGAGCCUGGUCCAGGAGAAGUCCUGAUUAAUCUGACUCACUCUGGAGUCUGCCACUCGGAUUAUGGAAUCAUGACCAAUAGCUGGAAAAAUCUCCCGUACCCAACACCAGCCGGCCAAGUAGGUGGUCAUGAGGGCGUUGGAAAGGUUGUCAAACUUGGUUCAGGCACAGAGGGCUCAGGAGUAAAGCUUGGAGAUCGCGUGGGUGUCAAGUGGUUACAAUAUGCUUGCGGCAGCUGUGAACCUUGCGCCGCUGGUGUUGAUGCCUGCUGCGUGAAGUCGAAAGUGUCUGGAUACUAUGCUCCAGGCACAUUCCAGCAAUACAUCACGUCACCCGCAAGCUAUGUCACUCCGAUUCCAGACUCUCUCCCCUCCGACUUGGCCGCCCCCCUCCUCUGCGCCGGAGUAACCGUCUAUUCAGGCUUUAAGCGCAGUCGUGCCAAACCGGGCGAUUGGGUCAUUAUUUCAGGCGCAGGAGGUGGCCUCGGCCAUAUUGCCUGUCAGCUCGGCAGCCGGGGUCUAGGACUCCGGAUUAUCGGCAUCGACCAUGGCAGCAAGCAAGACAUCGUGCUCGAAUCUGGCGCGGAACAUUUCAUCGACAUCACCAAGUUCACGGAUAACGAGCCCAAAGGUGGCAAGUUGGCGGAACACGUCCGAUCCCUCACCGGCGGCCUUGGCGCCCACGCCAUUCUGGUCUGUACCUCCUCGAACGCUGCGUAUGCGCAGGGGAUGUAUCUGCUUCGCAUGAACGGCGUGCUAGUCUGUGUUGGGAUACCAGAGAACGAGCCCCUUCCAAUCGGGUCAUCGUUCCCUGCAUUACUUAUCGGGAAGCAGCUGUCCGUUGUUGGGUCUGCAGUGGGAACUAAACGGGAGUCAAUUGAGACUAUGGACUUUGGGGCGCGGGGGAUUAUCAAGGUGCAUUUCCGAACGGAGAAAAUGGAUGCGCUAACGGAUGUGUUCAAGGAGAUGGAAAGGGGGGAGCUUAAGGGAAGGGUGGUGCUUGAUUUGUCUUAG